AUGGAUUCAUUCGCCAUCCAAGACCUGGUAUCUGAACUGACCGACCUUGAACUUGCCAUCUUGCUUGCUCUUAUUUGCCAGGAGCAUUGUGUGAUCGAGACACCCAUAGUCAACGUUGAUAAUGUUGCCGGUGAGCUUGCUUUGAUAUGUCAAAAUAGGUUCGGCUUAUCCUACGCUAUUCUCGACUGCUCCCCAGCAACUUCUAUAGAUGAGUUCAGCAAUAGCAUUCUUGUCUCCGAUGCUAACAGAGGCCGUUUGUCCAAUGCUCUCCCGUCAUUCCAGACAGGAGGAAAUCUCGACGAAAGGAAGAUCGUAAAUGUAGUCAUUGCAAAGAAUCUGGACCAAGUUUCUUCGGAUCUUCAAAUUCAGACAUUAGAGUUAAUUCGCUCUAAAAGGAUAUUCACUAGAACAUCGAUUCAUACAGCGCAGAAAACAUUCUUAUUCAUACCUGUGAUCGGGUAUAAUGACACCUCCAGGCAUGGCAUCCGCUUGAACAAGCAUUUAAAUGAGUUCUUCCUCUUUUCCCAUUUCCAUGAAAUCGGAGCUGGUCUACCGAAUCUUGAAGGAGAUGAUGGCUGGCCGACCGAUGAUCAAGCGUCUCUCUCUUCGAUUGUGAGGAAGCCGCAACCGUAUAGUGACCAUUUUCAAACCUACCACAGGCAAAUACCCGAAGAGGCAAUACUUCAACUACGCUUGUUGAGCAAUGCUGUAUCCGUCUCGGCCGAGGUCAAUCGCUACUUGCACAACAUUGUAGCCUUCCUACGACUCAAUCGUGCUGUUGCAGGUGGCAUGUCUGCUAAGGCUACUAAAUAUUUUAUGGUUGUGGCAAAGUCUCUCGCCUCGUUGCACGGCAUUGAUUACCUCACGCCAUCCGUUGUAUGUCUUGCUGCUAAGAAGGUUUAUCGUCAUCGAAUAGUAGUCGCUAGGCCUGAAGACGACAGGAGUCUACAAUACGGAAGUCACUUGAGUUCUGUGGCGAUGCUACUGAAAGGUGUCGAUCCUGACCAAAUCAUCAAUUCAGUCAUUUCAGAAAUUGAGGUGCCUCUCUAG